AUGUACACUCGGUUCUUACCCUCUAAGAGUUUCGUUGCUUUGGUGAUCGACUUUGUGAUGGCAAUUUCAGUCGAUGAACCCUAUUAUCGAAGCCAUAGCAGUGGAGACAGCUGGUUUAAGUCAAUGUCUAGCUUCAACUUGAAUCCUGGAAGUGUUCCCCGUCCAAACUCUAUGCUUUCACCCCUUCCUCCUGAACGUGCUGAUUAUGAUCGUGGGGCAACGGUUGAUAUUCCUCUUGAUAGUUCCAAGGAUUUGAGAAUGAAGAAGGAACUCCAAGCUAAAGAGGCAGAACUAAAGAGGAGAGAACAGGUACUUGCUUAUUGUUCUCUUUUAUGGUGGCUUCUGAAUAUGGCUGGAAUUGUUAUUGAGGAGAAAAAUUGGCCACCGUUUCUUCCUAUCAUUCAUCACGACAUUGCAAAUGAAAUUCCGAUCCAUCUACAGCAGUUGCAGUAUGUUGCAUUUUCAACAUUAUUGGGUUUAUUUGUCUGCCUUCUGUGGAACAUUAUAGCAGUUACCACAGCAUGGAUCAAAGGGGAAGGUUGGCCUGGAAUACUUUAUGCAGGCUCACAAUUGGACUGUAGUGCCCUGAAGUUUGGGUGGUUUUUCUUGUCUUACGUGUUUCACAUUUGCUUCUGCGUCUUUGCUGCAGUUGCUCCUCCAAAUAUUUUUAAGGGGAAAUCACUGACAGGAAUCUUGCCGGCAAUUGAUGUUUUGAGUAAUCAUGCUUUUGUUGGGCACUAUAUACAACAAGCAUACAUGUGUUUCCAAGGCAGUGGCAAAGUUGCAGACCUGAAGCGUGAGGCUUCAAGAUCGACAAUGAUGUCAGCACUAUGA